GAUGACGCCCCGAUGGACGAGGAGCCGCUCUACGUUAACGCGAAGCAGUACUACCGCAUCCUAAAACGGCGUGUGGCAAGGGCCCGCCUCGAGGAACUGCACCGGCUUUCCAAGCAGAGGAAGCCGUAUUUGCAUGAAUCCAGGCACAAACACGCUAUGCGCCGUCCUCGCGGACCGGGCGGCCGCUUCCUAACCGCAGAAGAGAUCGCGGCGCAAAAGGCAAAUCAGGAGGCAGAGGCG